AUGUUUCACUUGGGAGUUCUCAUGUCCGUAUUACAAUGUGGUCGGUCAAAAUGUUGGUUACAAGGUUUUCAUAUCAAGUACCCGACUUUUCGAUACUUACCAGCCUUCGAGCAAACAAGACUUCCGGGCGACCAAAAAGUUGCUGUCAAUGAUAGCGUCACUGAAGAGAAGGGACCUGUUGGCGAUAUAAUUUUUGCGGAUAGCGGAAGAACCUGCCGAAGGAAAAAGUAUAAUGGCUCUUCUUAUCCGCAAAAGUAG